AUGCCAGAACCAACGCGACUGCUGGAUCUUCCAGUAGAUAUUCUGUAUCUGAUAUUUCCCUACCUCGAUGUCCCCAGCUUCGUGGCCUUGACAUCCACUUGCACAGCAUUGCAUCAACCUGACAUCGCACAAUAUGCUCCCUACUGGAGCUCAGCCGCGCGCCACACCUUCCGUGUGCCAAAUCAACCAGUUGUCGAGAAUGAUGGUCGGAGAUGGCAAAGAAUGUAUCGUCGACUCUUGACUGAGUCUCGCUGCUUUACCUGGGGCAACAACGAUAGAACUUGUCUCGGUCAUAGUCAGCAGCAGCAUAUGGGAGCUCCUUUCGGUCGUGGUGGUAUCGGACCAGCUGGACGCCGUAGACCUAUGGUGCGGACCCGUCAACACGUAUCAUGGCCUACCGAGAUGGAUAGCGUGGAGCAUUUGGGCAUCAUUGCCGACAUGCAAUGCGGCGGCUGGUCUACAAAUCUUUUGACGUCGAAGGGUGGCUUGUACAGUGUCGGUGUCAUGGACGGUAUAUUCGUGGGCCAACCUGCCAAACCGCACCCUGAAAAGCUUCGCUAUCCUGCAGGACUCCCUCACCCGAACGAACGGUAUGAACCAGCAACCGCUAUCAAGCAGUUCUCCGCCGGACGCCGACAUGUCCUCGCCCUAUCGGAUGCUGGAUAUAUAUGGUCCUGGAGUCAUAUCAAUAUGCCUGCACUGCAAGUCAAAUUUCUGAACGUUGACACCGUAAUCAGAGAGAACGCUGGUUCUUCAACUCGUGGAUAUGUCAAAAAAGUCGUUGCGGGCUGGGCAAAAAGCGCUGCUUUGGUAGUGGGUACCGGUAUCGUUAUGUGGGAACCCUUGACUCGUGGCCCGAGACAGCCAGACUGUGAUGAAAAUGAUACUGUAUUGGUAUUGGAAACCGCAGUCUGCCCUGGUACCGAUUUUCAGAUGCAUGCCAAAUCGUUCGAGCCUUCGUCUGCAAGCUUGACCAUUGGAGAGGUACACAACUUCAUCUGUCUCGAGGAUUACAUCGUGUUCAACACCCAUCUUGGUAAAGUUUAUGCGGCCAAAAUUGUUUGGAACGCACAGAGUAAGGCAUUAGACGAUGUCAGAGAGCUGCCGCUCGGAGCGGAAGGGGAGACAAAAUUCGCUACGGACGUUCAAGGAUCGUUCCGAUCGUUCGCAAUUUUCACCGAUGAUGGCACUGUGUAUACAGGCAACCAGGAUGAUCAUUUGCAUCGUCUGUUCCGUCCCCUUCCUACAGACACAAGAUUAUCCCUUAAUCGUAUUCCGGCUCUCCAACACUCUCAGGUCAUCUCAAUAGCUUUCGGCGAUUACCACUUCCAUGCUCUGCACGCGCCUGGCUACAUCACAUCGUACGGCACAGAGCCUCAGAGCUGUGGCUGCCUUGGUCUCGGUGGGCAUGGAGACCCUGAAGGUCGAAUCCGUGGACUUCGUUACCAGGGCAUAGGUGGAGAUGGUCGUCUCGUACCUCAUGCCAACCUGCAUGGCCGCAGGAUCUGGUUUGAGAAGGAGAAACAAAAAUGGAUCACUUUCCUGACAAGCGGCGGUAGAGAUCCCGAAGAGGCCAGAGAGCGCAUGCGCAUGCUCUCGGAGCUCAAUGUUCAGGGAGAGGUUAGCGAAUGGAUCGAGCAAGAAGGCAAUGCUUGGGAGCAGAAGUAUGGAGGACCAGACAACACACAAAGCGAUGAUGAUCUCCGGAACUACUUCGCACUCAGUGUCACAGCAGCUGGUUGGCACUCUGGUGCCCUGGUCCUCGUUAACGAGGAGAAGGCGAAGAGAAUCAGCGAAGCCUGUCUCGAAGCCACGGAAGAUGAACCCAAGCACGAUGCUGUGGCUAGAGAAGAGAAUAGUACGCAGGAAGAUCAAACUGACAAUCGUGGGUUACUCAAUCGCGCUCUCGGCUACGCAGGCGACCUUGUACGGUGGCUCAAUGGCUCACCUCGUACAGAUACCACAGGACCCGACUUCCGUGACCCCAACGAUCCCGACGCCUUUGUCAAUCCGCAGAACCAUGGUGCCGUUGCUGAGGAUGGCCGUGCCUAUGUCUGGGCAAAAGACUCUUUCCCACGUCUGAGACUCGCGAACGGAGAAGAGAUGCCAGGUGAGGUUGAGUUCUCUGAAUGGAGAUCAGGAAGACCAGAGUGGGAGGGUAAGAUUGAGGGUUAUUAG